GUUGCGCAAUUUGCAUGGGGCGGGGCUUGUCCGCGGGGUGGAGCCCCGCGCCACCUCCCCUUCCACUCGGCUUCCGUCCGCAUAAUUUCCGGCUUCCUGCCGGCCCCCGUCCGCCUUCCCGCUACCUUCGCCCAGUGUCGCUCCAGUCCCGGGGGGCCCCUAUGCUCCCGAAACGGCGGCGGUCUCGGGUCGGGACCCCCGGCGCUAUCUCCUCCGCGGCAUGCUUCCCCGGCGUCACCAUCUACCUGGCGGAGCCGCGCAUGGGCCGCAGCCGCCGGGCCUUCCUCACACGCCUGGCGCUGUCUAAGGGCUUCCGCGUGCUGGACGUUUACAGCUCCGAGGUGACACAUGUGGUGAUGGAGCAGACCUCAGCUGAGGACGCCGUCUGCUGGCUGGAGAGCAGGACGGCGCCACUUCCCCCAGGUUGUGCCCACCCAGCACUACUGGACAUAAGCUGGUUCACAGAGAGCAUGGCAGCUGGGCAGCCUGUACCUGUGGAGUGCCGGCACCGCCUGGAGAGUUGGCUCUUGUCCUGUCAGCUCCCCGGUGGCCUGUUCAUUGCCCAUCCCGAGGUGGCUGUGUCCAGACAGGGGCUGCCAAGCCCAGUGUGGGUGCUGCCCUACGCCUGCCAGCGUCCCACGCCCGUCACACACCACAACACCAGCUUCUCGGAGGCUCUGGAGACGCUGGCAGAGGCAGCGGCCUUCGAAGGCAGCGAGGGCCGCCUCCUGUCCUUCUGCAGAUCAGCCUCCGUACUCAAGGCCCUUCCCAGCCCGGUCACAGCCCUGAGCCAGCUGCAGGGCCUGCCCCACUUUGGAGAGCAUUCCUGCAGGGUCGUCCAGGAGCUGCUGGAACGCGGUGUGUGUGACGAGGUGGAGAGAGUCCGGCUCUCAGAGAGGUACCAGAGCAUGAAGCUCUUCACCGGGAUUUUUGGGGUUGGAGUCAGGACUGCUGACCAGUGGUACCGGGAAGGGCUGCGGACGCUGGACGAUGUCCGGGAGCAGGUGCAGAGACUGACCCGGCAGCAGAAAGCAGGACUCCAGCACUACGGGGACCUGAGCCGUCCGGUCCAGCGGUCCGACGCGGAGGCCCUGCAGCUGGUGGUGGAGGCAGCCGUGAGCCAGGCCCUCCCUGGGGCCACCGUCACGCUGGCUGGGAGCUUCCGGAGGGGGAGGUCGCAGGGCCACGAUGUGGACUUCCUCAUCACCCACCCCCAGGAGGGCCAGGAGGCGGGGCUGCUGCCCAGAGUGUUGAGCUACCUGAAGAAGCAGGUGAACACUGGGACCCGCUGGGACCUGGGCCUGCCCGCCCGGCCGCAGGGGCAGUGCCGGUUACACCUGCUGUCCCCCGCCCAGGGCCUCGUCCUGUACCAGCAGCACCGCCGCUGCAGAGACCCCGCUCACCGGAUGCGACAGAGCCACAACAUGGACACCUUUGAGAGCAGCUUCUGCAUUUUCCGCCUGCUGAGAACCUCAGGGGCUGCUGUGGAGGGGCCCCAGAGGCCCGGCCCCCCCUGGAAGGCUGUGCGUGUGGACCUGGUGGUCGUCCCCAUUGGCCAGUACCCCUUUGCCCUGCUUGGCUGGACUGGCUCCAAGCAUUUUGAGCGUGAGCUUCGCCGCUUCAGCCGGACCGAGAGGGGGCUGUGGCUGAAUAGCCGGGGGCUGUAUGACCCGGAGCAGAAGGCGUUUGUCCAUGUGGCUGCAGAGGAAGACAUCUUCAGACACCUGGGUCUUGCAUACCUCCCCCCAGAGCAGAGAAACGCCUGAUCCUGUCUGCCACUCUUCAGAAACCCUGGGGGCCGCUCAGCCAGCCAAACCCCAUGGAUGCCCUUGGCCAUAGAACAUCUCCAGGCAGAAACUGCACUGCCGUCCAAGUUCUCACCCUCUGGAGUGGACCCUCGUCCGGUGUGCCACACACCCUGCCCACACCCGUCCUACCCAAUCCCGGGGUAGGGAGUUGGAAGAGAACUUUCAACUGACCCACUGCCUGGGUUUGCCUCUCGCCCCCAACCAGGCUUCCUUUUAGGGUCAGUUGGAAGCAGCUUUUUAAAAGCAGGUCACGGGGCGUCACUCCUUGCUCAAAGCCCCCAGCAGUGGCCCCCCCUUGCGCAGUAAACCCGAAGUCCUCACUGCGGCCCCCACGGCCCCAGCAUUUCUGCUCCUUCUCUCCCAGUGAGGCCCCCCCCAGCCCCUGCUCUGUGACUGAGUGCCGCUCAUUCCCACUUGCAUUGCCCCAGACACCCACGUGGCCAGGGGCUGUGUCACUCUCCCCCCAGGGGCCUGGCUUCAUGGUGUCCUGUUCCUCAAAUCCCCAAGGGCGCCUUCACCCAACCGCCCAGCUGGAAUUACUCUUCUGUCCCAAAAGUAUCUGUCAAGUAAAGACUUCCCUGACCCCUCACAUUAAAACACAUUUUUUAAACUAA